AUGGGCAACUUGACUUCGUCGUGUGCUUUAGUCAAAGCAGUCAGUGCAUCCUACAAUGCACCAAUAAUAAUUGUCAUCUUUAUCCUGGGAUUUAUUGGAAACGUCGUUGCUUUAUGGAUCUUCAGUUUUCAUGUGAAAUCUUGGAAACCAAACACAGUUUAUUCACUGAACCUGGCAAUUGCAGACACUAUGUUAAUCUGCUGUUUACCAUUUCGAGCAGACUACUAUAUCCGGGAGAAGGACUGGAUUUAUGGGGAUGUUCCUUGUCGUCUGAAGAUAUUUUUAAUUUCCCUAAAUCGAGCAGGAAGCAUCAUGUUCCUCACAACGAUGGCGAUCGAUCGGUAUUUUAAAGUAGUCCACCCUCACCACAGGGUGAAUACGACUUCUACAAGGUGUGCAGUGAAGGUAGCCGGCAGCUUGUGGAUUCUGGCCGUGGCAAUCUGCUCACAUCUUUUAGUAGAACCUCGCUCCUUCGAGCACGACAACCGGACAUACUGUGAACCCUUUGACAUGUCGAAUCCUCUCCGUCCCACAGCAAUUUGGACCGAUAUUGUUUUUAUUCUUUUCAAGUUUGCUAUCCCGGCUCCGAUUAUCCUCUUCUCCACGUCCUGCAUCAUCUGGAAGUUAAACCAGAUAAAAAUUGAGUUGAGAAGUAAAUACAAAAGAGCGAUGAAGCUUGUGAUCGCGGUGGCUGCAGUGUUUGUGAUUUGUUUCUUACCCACAAACAUUGCCGUUAUUGCUGUGUUAAUCGCGAAACUCAGAGGCGCUGAAGGCUGCAAAUCAUAUGAGACAGCUGUUCAUGUCUUUUAUAAUACACUAUUUAUGACAUAUCUGAACAGUGUCCUGGAUCCAGUCAUUUACUACUUUUCAAGUUCGACAUUCAAAAAUGCUUUAAUGAAAGCAGUUACUUCUCUGAAUCUAAAUUGUGCCAGAUCAAAAACUGAUAGUGUGAGAGAAUCCUCAGGAGAAAUAGAUGGUGGUCAUCAAUCAAAAAGGACAGCGGUCUGUCAUAACUGUGAGCCAUCCCAAACUGUGUCGACUUUGUUUGCAUGAUCCAGUAGCUAAUAAUGUGCCUGUCUUUAAAU